GAGAGAGAGAGAGAGAGGUCCAGAGGUCCUUGUUCCAGGAGCUUUUCUUCACGUCUGUGACCCUGCUUCUCGUUCUCUGAUGGAUGUGAGGAUUAUUUCAGCUGUCUUCCUCUGCCUGCUGCCUUGUGGCUGCACUGGCACUACACCGUCCAAGCUGAACCAAUCAGAACCCUCGGACAGCAGUCCCGCCGGGACGGAGGCCCCGCCCCCUCCAACUGUGCCCGGACUGCUGACCGCAGAGGGGCGGAGGGGGCAGGAGGGCCCGCCCCUUCCGCCUAUGCCCGGACUGCUGACCUUCAACUGGACGGACCAAUCCUGUGAGGGGGAGGUCCUGCUGAUGCGCCCGGGCCUCGGCCCCUCCAGGUGCCUGCAGCAGCAGGGGCUUCUGGGGAGCUUCCAGGGGGGGCUGUCCGGGGUGUGCAGGAGCGUGCAGGGCUGUGAGGGGGACCCCAACUGGCACCAAGGAAAGAACAUCACCUGUCCCACUCUGAGGGUCACCUGUAAAGUAUCCCCAGCAGAUCCGAGAUGGGCCGAGCUAAGGAGCUACAAGGUGGCUACUGGGAUCCUCUGUGUUCUUCUUCUACUGGGUCUACUGGUCCUGCUCGGAAAGAGCUUCCCCAGCAGCCUUCGAGCGAUCCACAACCGUAUUUCCCAGCGGAGGCGGAGUCGCUGGAUUGGCCCGACACAGAGUCAGAGUGUUUCUUACCACAGAGGGAAGACUGCAGUAGAAGACCUAACAGAGAAGAGAUCUUCUUUCGCUGCUCUGGAGAGGCUGACAGUCCCCAACAGCAGGGAGCCUUCGUCCAAUCGAAACAGCGAUAUCAGCUACUGACACGCCCACUCCUUGCAACACGCCCUGUCCGGUGACCCCCCCCCCCAGCCCCCCGAAGGUCAAAUGGGUGUUUGUGUACGUGGGAGAACUGUCGUUUGGUUGAUGAUCUGAUCAGCAUCAUGCCAGGGCUCCAGCUAAUGACAGCCCUUCUCUGACUCAGGGGCGGAGCCUAAGCUGUCAGGGGUCCGCUGCCGUUUACUGUAUUAAUAAACUGAUCAAAUAAACCACAGCACAACG